CUUAAAAUUCAUCUUGAAGAACUAGUUAAAAUAAUAUCUGGAAGAAUGUUGUCUGAAGAAGAAUACACCAAAAAAUUAUGCGUUAUUGAAAGCGAGUUAAAGAAUCUAGAGGAGGAACAAUGUAAAAUAAUGAAUAAAAUAAAAAUAUUGAAAGGGGCUAAAGAAGAAUUGCAACAGGAACGAAAGAAGGCUAGAAUAAAAAAUAGACCCGAAGCAACUCAAUGGAUUGAGAAAAAAUUUAGCUGGUCUGAUAGAGUGGAUGAGCUUUUAAAAGAAAAAUUUAAAUUUAAAAACUUUAGAUCAAGACAAUUGGCUGCUAUAAAUGCAACACUGUCCGGGAAGGACGUUUUGUUAGUAAUGCCAACAGGAGGGGGGAAAAGUCUUGUUUAUCAGUUGCCGGCUCUAAUAUAUAAAAAAAUUACAUUGGUGGUAUCCCCUUUAAUAUCUUUAAUUGAAGAUCAAUUAAUAGCUUUAAGGAAACUAGGCAUUGUAGCGGCCACGGUUAACAGUAACUCAUCUAAAGAUGAAAAAAAAACUGUGUAUGCUGACAUGGCCAGUAAGAAGUUAAAUGUAGUGUAUGUUACUCCAGAAUGGGUAGCUAACAGUAAAAUAUUUAUGACAUACUUACAAAAAUGCUAUUCCCAAGGAUAUUUAGACAGAAUUGUUAUAGAUGAAGUUCAUUGCUGUUCAACAUGGGGCCAUGAUUUUCGACCUGAAUAUAACCAUUUAGGGUUUUUUAAGUCCAUGUUUCCUGAUAUACCUAUCUUAGGAUUGACUGCUACGGCCACAAUGAAUGUCUUGGUAGACAUUCAAGACAUGCUUAGCAUUAAGGAUGCCUUAAUAAUCACAGCACCAUUUAACAGACCAAAUUUAUUCUACCAAGUAGUUCAUAAACCACCCGACAAAGAUGAUUGCUUACAGUAUUUAGAGAAUCUACUUAAGAAAAAAUAUUGCGGCAAAUCAGGAAUUAUUUAUGCCGGUACAAUUAAGGAAUGUGAUGAACUAACUGAAGGUUUGCGAGCAAGGCAGCUAAAAGUAAAGCAGUACCAUGCCCAAAUGGAAGGAGAUGCCAAAAAGAUUAUUCACCAAAAGUGGUUGGAGAACAAAUACCAAGCUGUGGUAGCUACAAUAGCAUUUGGAAUGGGGAUUGAUAAACCGGAUGUGAGAUUUGUGAUUCAUUAUUCUGUUCCUAAAAGUAUGGAGGGCUUUUACCAAGAGAGUGGUCGUGCUGGAAGGGAUGGUGAAAAAGCAGAUUGCAUUUUAAUGUUUGCUUUAAGCGAUUUCCUUCGAAACAUGAGCAUGUCUUCAUCUAAAACUGAAACAAAAAAUGCCGUAUCUAUAUUAGAAUAUUGCUCAGAUCGUAGUCAGUGUCGCAGAACUAUCAUAGCUCAUCAUUUUGAAGAUCCUUGGAAGCAAAGUGACUGCAAUGAAAUGUGCGAUUUUUGCAUAAAUCCGCCGAAAUUAGUGACUUAUAAUAUCUAUAAUUGUCUAAAAGAUAUUUACAGUAUAAUUGAUUUAUCGGUUACCAAAGAUAUUAACCUGACUUUAAAGAAACUGAUGGCGUCCUGGUUUCAAAAAGGAUCUAAAGACAUAAGAAUAACGUCAAUUAAAAGACCAUUAUUUUCUGAAGAACAAGGUCAACACAUUAUAGGUGUUUUAAUUCAAAAAGAAUUAUUAAAAAUUAACAAAGGGUACACAGGCUAUACUACUCUGGCAUACAUUGGCCGCGGAUUGAAAGACAUUCCGGCAGAUAAGAUUUUGAUGCACUAUCCUAGUGACCUAAAGGGGGUUGAACUCUUAGAAAGCAAGGAGAAUUCCAGUUGUAAGAAGAGAAAACUUAGUUAAUGAAA